UGCUCGUCACGUGAUGUUUUCGCUGGGCUGUAGUGAUGUGUAGCCACCAUGAGUGAAGCGGGCAAAUAAAGAUUUAUCAUGGCACCGAGCGAUGAUGGAGGCUCUGCGAAGAUGCAAUGUUUGAAUAAACACCAAGGGGAUACGUCGGAAAGCAUCACGGAUCACUCGAACGUGUAAUUGUAUCUGAGCUACGAACGCGCAGCCAACAAAAUGGGCCGUGCAUCAGUGUAAAGCGGAGGUAAAGUGACCUUUCAUCGCAUUGUCCCAUGGAAGAUCGGCCGCGUUUACCGAAUCACGGCGUCAUGUUGACACUGGAGCAACAACCGCGUCGCGCUGUCAUGAAAACAGCCGACAUCUCUAGUGCUGCUGGGGAGCCUCCAUCCUCCUCCUCCUCCUCCUCCACCUCAAUCAAUAACAGCGGCUCCCGUUUGCCCAUGCACUUAACAGCCUCCUCUCAUUCUCAGCCUCAGAGGAGGUACCAUCCGCCUUACCACUUUAAAGUGCACCAUCUGUUCCCGGAUGAGAGCCCUCAGGAUGCUGUAUUGAGGAAACACUUGCCACCGCUCCAGUAUAAAGUGCACGAUUCUGCCUUCUGCCGUGUCCUGAGCGCCGACACCACCGCUGCUGCCCUGGCCGCCGCCGCCGUCUGCUCCGCCGGUGUGGACCGGGACAUAUGGAAAUGUGGCUAUCUCAGAAAACAGAAGCACGGCCACAAAAGGUUCUUCGUCUUGCGGGGCCCCAGCAACCUCGGCCCCAGUCGGCUGGAGUAUUAUGACAGCGAGAAGAAAUUUCGAAACGCCCUUAAAGCUGCUGCCUCUGGUGUUGCGUGCCCUGCCAAGAGGGUGAUUUAUCUGUCCCAGUGUUUUACGGUGAACAAGAGGGCUGAUGCUAAGAACAAAUACCUCAUUGCCCUUUAUACUAAAGAUGAGUAUUUCGCCGUGGUGGCGGAGAGCGAGCAGGAGCAAGAGGAGUGGUACCUAGCCCUCACCGAACUUAUGACGGAGGGGAAAAAGGGGCAGCUAGACAACGACGAACUUGAUGACGGUUAUGGUACGAUUUCGCCAGGUACUAUUUUUAAAGAGGUGUGGCAGGUCAACGUCAAACCUAAAGGCUUGGGUCAGACCAGAAAUCUAAUGGGCGUGUACCGUCUGUGCCUUUCCGCCAAGACCAUUCACCUGGUGAAGCUGAACUCGGAGACGCCGGCCGUCAACCUGCCGCUAAUGAGCAUCCGCCGCUGCGGCCACUCCGAGAGCUUCUUCUUCAUCGAGGUAGGCCGCUCUUCUUCCAUCGGUCCCGGUGAAAUCUGGGUGCAAGUCGAGGACUCGGUGGUGGCGCAGAACAUGCACGAGACCAUUCUCGACACCAUGAAGGCUCUCAAAGCCUUUCCUGACUUUAGGCCGCGGAGCAAAAGCCAGUCCUCUGGCUCGAACCCCUUGCCGUUCAUCACUACUCGCCGACAUCUCGGCAACCUUCCCCCGAGCCAAACCGGGCUGCAGCGCCCCUCCAGGACAGAUUCAGUGACCGGCACGCCGCCUACAGGGAAAAACAGAGGGCGUGGCCAGCGCUAUCGGACCUCCAGUGAGGGCGAAGGCACUCAGAACCGCCCCCUCAGCUCUGGAACAGGCAGCCUGGUGCAUGUAAACACCCCCGUUCUCAACGUAGGCCGAGAGGAAAGCGGCAGCUGCUGCGCCCACGCCUCACCCGGAUCGAGCCACCACACCCGGUCCGCUUCCCUUCCUAUGUCCAACUUCCUGUCUGCCACCAGCCCCAUCAGUGUGUCCAGCAGCAGCGGGCACGGCUCGGCCUCUGAAACCCACACCCGCCCCUCAAGCUCCUCCAUUUGUGGCUCCCCUAGUGAUGGAGGCUUCAACUCGUCUGAUGAGUUCUGCCCCAGUCCGUGUGACUUCAGGUACUUUCACGCAAGUUGCACCACGCCCGAAUCCCACGGCAGCACUCCGCCCGUUCGGGAGGACUAUCGACUCACAGAGUACAUGACCAUGGAUUGGCACAGAGAUGGGGCGAGGACUUUCGAGGAGGAGAGCAGUUACAUGGAAAGGACUUUUCUCAAGCUUGCACAUUCAUCCAAGCCGAAGCUAGGCGGCGGUGGCAGUGGAUUAAGUAUCACGCAGCAGAAAGCUACACAAACCUCAUCCUCUUUAGAUGAGUCGAGCCCGGUGGAGUCGAAACGACACCAGGUUUGCUCGUGCCUGCUGAAGUCAGCCUAUAAGUCUUACUCUGAAUUACAUCAUCCAAACAAGCCUCACUUGCUCAGCUCUGAGUGUCAAAAGAAACUACCAAAAGACGAUGGCUAUAUGCCCAUGAUCUACAGCAUUGCUCCCUCUCCGAAUGCAGAUUACAUCCCUAUGCAACCCCAAGCAAACCACCCCAGCACCCUGGACAUCCACCCCUGUUCCUCGCAGCAAGCAGACCGAUACGGUUACAUGAUGAUGCUCCCAUGCGACAGCGUCUCCAGUAGGGAGCAAGCAGAGUUUGACGACUACAUGGACAUGUCACAACUUACCGUGGCCGAAGGCUUUUCUCAAGCCUCGCCCGAAGGUCCAAAGACCUCGUACUUCUCGCUCCCACGCUCCUACAAAGCCCCGUCACGAGAAAAGCACGAAAAGAUGGAAUACAUUCCCAUGUCCCCGGCCGAGCCCCCAAGCCCGCCUAGCCCUGGAGAGUACAUCCACAUGGACUUUGGUUCCCGUUCCUCUCACGCCGCUGCUUCUCGCCCGUCAGUAACUUCUCCCUCCACUCCGCCGCCUUCUCAACCCUGUUAUCAGCCUUGCUGCUCCUCACCAGACCAUGACUACUUGGGCUUAAACAUGGACGGCCUCUUGAAGGACCGCCCUCCUCGGCACUCGCUCGUAGCACCGUGGAACCCGCCCAACUACGCCCGUCCCUUAGGGUGCACUUACGGGCAGGCGCCGACUAAUUUAGAAAUGCACGACGAAUGCAGAGAAGGUCCGUUGAGACAAAUGCAGCACCUUUGCAUCUCCGAGCGUCUGCCGUUCAGUCAUACGGAGCCCAAGGUCAUCAGGGCCGACCCGCAAGGAAGGAGACGACACAGUUCAGAGACGUUCGUCCCCUUGCCAGCGUCUUUUGCUAGCAGUUGUGGAAUCAGGCCCUCAGCUAAUCAAAAUCUCCCUGAAGCUACCAGAUGGCAGAACUCAUGUGACAGCAUGUGGUCGCACUCGGGCACCUCUCCUAACACAGCAGCCCUAGCGACGAGCUCCGCUAGCUCCGCUCAGAACACCUCAUCCAGCUACCUCAACUACAUCGCUCUGGACCUGAGAGAAGUGCCCAGGGUCACACGCGACACUCCCCCUUCACACCCAGCUCACAGUAACCUCCAAGAGAGCGAUGCUUACGCUGGUAUAGACUUCUCCGUUUCGGGAGGACGUGCCACUGCCUCAAAAGAUUGAGUGAGUCAAACUCCGGUGCCCGAAGGAGAAUCGGGACACGGAAGAAUCCACUGAACUCUGGAUCGCCGAAGAGCAAGCCUCCUCCUCCUCGGACCUCCAACAACAAAGACUGAGAAACUGCACAACCUCUUAUACUCUGUAUUUCCCACAUAACUGCCUCAACAACCGGUUUCAUUUCUCCGAAUGAUAAUAUUAGUUUUUUGUUCCUUUAUAGUCUUCGGUCUUGUUUACUAGAGCGGGUUCGCUAAACUAGAACUGUGAGCUUCAGAUAUCUAGCACUUCUAUUUUUGUGUGUACGAUAUGAAACGCAUCAUAGCUCCUAGGUUACAGGUUUAUGUUUCUCCGCGCAAAAUCGGAUGUAAAUAGAAGCUUGUCUAUCGAAUAUAAUUUUGAGUCACCUGACACUCGCCGUACUUCGUUCCGGCCAUUUUUAUUUGUGUAUAAAGUAUUUUUUCAGGGGUUAACGGUGAACGCACUGUUUGAACUUUUUUUUUUUUUUUCGUUGUGUACAGUUAUUAAAUCACCUCGCCCUGUGUUUUGGGUGCAUGAAAACAUUCCUACGAGAGAGCGUCUGAGAAACGAGGCAACAAUUCAAACGCAAAACGCUUCGAAACGAGUACGAGAGCACUUUCUAGCCGAGACAGUGUUUUUCCGAGUUACCCGGAUGCUACCUCCCGUUCACGCCGUUGGGAAAACGCUCACGAAAUCCUUUCAGCCUCGCCUGUAUUAGUGCGAUAUCAACUAUUGCCGACUCUUGAGAUGCAAAACACCGUGACUUUUCUGUCCUCAUUUGAAAUAGCCUUGUUUACAUAAAUUGGGAGUGUUUUUGAGCCAACCGCUCACCAAACGACGAUGUUUACUAUUUCUUGUGGUGACGUAUUUGCAUUUCACUAACUGCCACAGAACUGAAGGAUAACGUGCUACUUUGCCUUCACUCUCCACGUGGUACAUCCAGUUUGUUGUUUUUGUUAAUUUAUUAAUUAUUUAUGGAUCGUCUGUGUUUAUUUAUUGAAUCCAGUGUAGUGGCACAUUCGUACGAAUAUAGUAUUACUUGCUGAGAGGAGGAGUUCAAUGUAUAUACGACUUCAGACCUGUUUUCCCCUCAUCUCUCUCCAGCCUUUUUUUAACUGAGAGUUACUGGGCUCUUUUUUAUUUUGCUUGUACCUGGAAGCUUUAUAUGAAGAGGGUUGUGGUUGAAAGCUGUGUAGUAAGAUGUGUACGCUUUACAGUAGUAGUCCAGAUUAAGUUGGGACGAAACCAUCAUCGUCGUUGACUUUUUCCCAUCUUUCUUUGAAUAGCUUUCGUCAUGCUAUUGUGUCAUGAUAUUGAUUUGCUUUAAUGUAAAAUGUGAAAAUAAAAAAAACAGUAGUAUACCGUUUCUUGGGGAAUUUUCUACACCAUAACAGCCUGGGAAAAAAAAUAAUAAAAUUGUUUUUUUUAUAUAUAUAUAUACCAGUGGCUCUACUGAGGUUAUAUUUUGGGGAUACUGAUAUUGUUUGGAAUUGUGUGGUUUGCCUUUUAAAGUGACUGAAAGGAAGAGCUGGACAAAAAAAAAAGUAAAAAUAAGAGAUGGGUAAAGUUUGUCGACAAUUUCCUGUUCAUUUGGUCAGUACUGACUCACGCUGAAAGCUUGUGAUUGGGUUGAAACAUGUUGAUAAUAACGACUGAAGCAGACCAUUAUCAGCGCCGUCUUCCUUUUGUAAAUAUUGUAAGUUUUGAUAUCCCUUCUCUCGCCAACACGCUACACAGCACCUCGCUCGGUUUCAAAGAUGAGAGAGUUUGAGGUCUUUUUUUUUUUCUUCUUUUUUUUUUUUUUUUUUGGUUCCUUCUACAUUUUUAUAUAUUUUCUUUUCAUGUAUAUUUAUUAGAUUGGGUUUGCUUGUAAUAGAGCUAUUGCAAUAAAAAAGUGCCAAGGUA